AGCGACGUCAAUAAACAAACGUGAUAAUACAGCGCCCGGAACAUUUUAAUUCUUUGUAUACAUUUCUUAUAUCGACUGUUGCUAGGCCUUGAAAUUUUAAAGUAGUCAUGAUGUGGCGUCAUUGGUUCGGACUGGCUAGAAGAUGCACAGUUGCAGACCAUCAGACAUGUAUACAAAUGUCUUUCUUGCGACCUAUAUCUUCAUCCAGUUAUUGUUUAGCGCGGGGUGCUUCAAGGAAACCCUUUGAUGGAGGUACAGUGACUGUCACAGAGGAUACUUAUGGAAGAGAAUCUCCCAAGGAACUUCUGGACAAUGCAACAACCUACAGUGAGCAAGAGCCACACACUCAUGAGGAUUUGUGGACAGAAGGACCCUAUCCACACAAGAGUAACUUUAAACAGAGUCAAGCAAAGAAUUCCAGAAGGCCAAAAGUGGAUCCCCGUGAAACAUCAGUAUUAUUAUUUCCAGGUCAAGGUACACAAUAUGUAGGAAUGGGUAAGGAGCUACUGAAGUAUCCAAACGUAAAUGAGAUGUAUGAAGUAGCCUCACAGAUCCUUGGCUACGACCUCCUUGAGAUUUGUCUCUCUGGCCCAUCAAAGCAGCUUAGUAAAACCAUUUAUCAACAGCCAGCCAUUGUUGUGUCAUCUUUAGCUGCAGUUGAAAAACUACGGGAAGAGAACCCAGCUUUGCUUGGAGGAUUUAGUGUUGGAGAAAUUACUGCGCUUACAUUCGCUGGUGUUUUUUCUUUCGAGGAUGCCAUAAGAUUGGUGAAAGUACGGGCCGAAGCCAUGCAGCUAGCAUCAGAAAUUGUUCCAAGCGGCAUGAUGACCGUUUUUUAUGGUCCUGAUUCGCGGUUGGGAUUCGCAUGCUCAGUCGCCAAGGAAUUUUGCCAGAGACAGGGAUUAACGGAAGCAGACUGUCGUAUUGCAAGCUACCUGUACCCACACUGUAAAGUGGUUGCUGGAAAUGAGGAAGCUUUGUCUUUCAUUGAGGAGAACAAAGCUGACUUCCGCCUGAAACGUCUCAAGCGAUUGCCAGUUUCAGGGGCCUUCCACACAGAUCUCAUGCUGCCUGCCGUCUCAGCACUUAAGAAGGUUUUAAACACAAUAACCGUGGAAAACCCGCUCAUUCCAGUCCACUCCAACAUCGACGGCAAGUAUUACAAGGAUGCGGAACAGGUCAAAAAGCAGCUUCCAAGACAAAUUUGCAAACCAGUUAAAUGGGAGCAAACAAUGCACAUUUUGUAUGAGAGAAACAGAGGAACUGCUUUUCCACUGACUUUCGAAUGUGGACCUGGUAAAUCCUUAAAGGCUAUUCUGAAAAUGUGUAAUGCCAAAGCCUUUGAUUCUUGUUCUGCUAUAGAGGCAUAAAUUACUCUUAAAAUAUGCUAAUUGUGUGUAUAUACUUUUUUUAAGAGAGAAAGAAAAAAUGAUAACUACAUGCAACAGAAACUGAAAGCAGAAACAAAUCUCAAGUGUACAGAGUUAGUUAAUAAAAUGUGUAAAUUAUGUAA